AUGCCACGCCCAAUUUUCGCAUUUGUAUUAGCCAUCUUAUUGGUAGGGCCAUCCUACGCAGGAAAGCGGGUUGUUAGAUCACCACAAUUUGGAUUAGGCUUUGGUGGUGGAUACGGUGGGGGAUUUGGUGGAGGAUUCGGAGGCAGUCUCUACCCUCAUCCACCUCCACCACCGUUCUUUGGCCCACAUUUCUACCACCCCGUACCGCCGCCUCCGCCACCGGGCUUCGGUUACGGUCUUAGUGGUUAUGGUCAUGGUUAUCCAGGUGGCUACUAUCCAGGUGGUUUUGGCCAUGGAUAUUAUCCAGGUGGACUUGGAGGCGGUCUCAGCAUAGCUAAGAGUGUCAGUAUUAGCUCAGGAUUAGGCGGUGCACAAUCAAACUCAGAGGCCUUUGGAUAA